ACAGAGUUUAGAUCUAUCUGGUCAAAUUAUUUGUUCGCUGUGAGAAAUACAGUCCCCGAGGGUUUGAAGUGAGGUGGAACACAGGACCCACACAGAAAUCCUUAUCUUCAUCACUCCUACUCGCAACUCGCAAUUCGCAAUUCUUGCGUGUAAUCUUAUUGAUCGGUUAUUUUUUAAUCACACCAGCAAAUAGCUAUGCGAGACUUGCCUUCUUUGACGGUGGACUGCAAUUUGUGCAGUGUUUUCCUUCCACCCGAUUUCUGCUUUAAAAUGAGGCCUAACCCCUCAUUUCUCAAUUGCUUUUUGUGAUCUCUUUGUAGUAGAAAUUAAUGCCGGGUAUUGAGUAUGAUCCAGCACCAUGGUGCUCUGCACCGAUCUUUCCCUCUCCCUCUGCUUAUGCCCUCUGUUUUCUCCCCUCUACAUUUCCCAAAUCUCGUUCUUAUAGAUAUCGCAGAUUGAGGUGACUGCCGUUCUUUUGCCACACUACUUUCAUUACCCAGAUAUUAUGGAGAAGAAAGCCAAAUCAAAAGGAGGACCUCAGUCCAGGCAUGUCCAUGGGGGUUUCCCCCGGUCCUCCAGUUUUAGCGGUCAGUUUUCUGGGGAGCCGCUGGAAAAGUUUCUGGACCACCCCAAGUCCAAGAAGCCCGCCGCCAUGAGAAGGCCGAGCACGCACCCUGAGCUUCUCAGGCGUGAUAAGCCCUCUUUUGAGCGGACUCCAUGGCUAAAUUUAGAAGCCCCUCAGCCUAAGCCUCCGCUUAUUACCAAAAUAGCACCGCCUGUGGAGCCGGGAAACAGCAAAAGUGCCGCUAAGUUGCUGGUCAAUGUGACCGUGGCGCGUAGCAUUGGCCCUCUGCGUCUGUUGCUUCCUACGGAAGCAACGGUGCUUGAUGUGGUCAAAGCGGCGCUUGCGCAGUAUGCUAAAGAAGGACGGAGGCCCAUUCUCAGCACCGAUCUGCUUUCCUUUGGGUUGCAUUAUUCGCAGUUUACCAUUGACUGUUUGAAUCCCAAUGAUAAGAUUAAGGACUUGGGUUGUCGGAAUUUCUUCUUGUGUCCGAAAAAGGAAAGCGGUGUUGUUAGUUGUGGUACAGAGAUGGGGAAAUUUGCUGCUCGGGGAAAAGAGCCCUGGUACAAUUUAAUGAACCGUUUUCUCGCGCUCCCCUAAAGCCAGAAAGCGCAGGGAUCAAAAAAAAUUAUUAUUAAAUUAUUCAUGUUUUAGGUGUGUAAUGGUUGGAAAACUUUGGAUCAAGAAAAGAGAUUUGGUUUGGUGGGGAGCCGUCGAGGGGAUAUUUUAUCGCCUGCCGAAUAUUUCUCGUCUGAAUAUUCGACAAAAUGAUGUAAAUAUUGUAUUAUAUUAUGCUAUUAUCAUUUGGAAUUC